GAAGCCAGCGCCCGCGCGCUUCAGCGCUUUUUCUCCUCCCUCCCGUCCUCGCCCGUCGUCACUCUGCCUGCGCGUUGCCAUCUUUCCAUUUCCCCCAUUCGCGCCGCCAUGCACAUUCAUCCCCGACUCUGAGCGACGCCGAGCAGCCCGCACACGACGAUGAGCAGCAUCAACGCCCUCCUCAACCACGAAGGCUCCGCGCCCGGCCGCCGCGAGAGCAUGUCCCAGCAACAGUACACCGCCCAGACCACCACCUACGAGGCCGCCGACGCCCUCACCACGCUGGCGACGCUGGGCAGCGGGCUGCAGUACGCCCCGGCCCCGACCCGCGAGCUGCCCUCGCCCACGGCCUUCAGCAGCAACGCGCCGCGCCGCAGCAGCAGCUUCGGCUCCCACCACUCGCACCACGCGCCCGUCGAGCCCUCGCCGCCCAUCGAGCAGCCCGCCGUGCACUCGCCCACCCUCGACCACUACCACCACGGCUCGCACUCGCCCGAGGAGCAGAAGCGCCGCCAGUCGCUGCUCACCUCGCCCGCGCCCGUGCUCGCGCCCAUCCAGGGCCUGUCGUCGGCGCUGCAGGACCAGACGCAAAAUUCGCGGAAGCCGUCUCCGGCCGCGCCAAUUGGGCACCACGUCUCGCACCUCGUCCCGGAUGCCGGUGACACGGGCAGAGACCGCACCCACGACCGCACCCACGACCGCACCCACGGCCGCGAGCCCGCCUUUCUCCGCGAUGAGCCCCACACACCACAGAUCCGCGAGCCCGAGCCGGCCGUCAAAGACGAGCCGUCGGACACCCCCCGCGAAGCCACACCAGCACCGGCAGUCGAGCGUCAAAACUCAGCUACGCGCGAUGCUGCCGAUGCGGACACGCUGAAGGCCAUCGAGGCUGCCAAGGCAAGCGACCUGGGACUGCGGGCUAAGCGGACUGCGAGUGUUGCCGAGAGCGUCACGUCCCCAAGCGAGUCGACCAAGGCAGCACCCGCUCCCUCGAAGAAGCGUCCCGCCCCACCGUCGAACUCGGCGCUGAAGAAGAAGGGCACAGCAAAAACCACCAGGCCCUCGAACAAGAAGCGGAAGAUCGAAGGCGACGACGCAAACGCACGAUCCGUCACACCGACCGCGCGUACGGCCACAGGCAAGAGCGGCAAAAAAGGCUCGCAAGCCGGCACACCUGCCCUCCACUCAUCACCCGCACCCGAAGACACUGGCUGCGGCCAUGGCGAGGACGAUGAUGGCGACUCGUCCGAGGACCACAACCUGUACUGCAUCUGCAAGAAGCCAGACAACCACAAGUGGAUGAUAGGCUGCGAUGGUGGCUGUGACGACUGGUUCCACGGUGACUGCGUGAACAUGAAGCAGGCAGACGAAGGCCUCGUGGACAAGUUCAUCUGCCCGUCGUGCGAGGAAGCAGGCAAGGGCAACACUACGUGGAAGCCCAUGUGCAGACGAGAGGGCUGUCGGAAGCCCGCACGGGUGGCAAAGGACCACGAGAGCAAGUACUGCUCCGACGAGUGUGGCGUCCUCUUCAUGCAAGAACAGCUUCAACGGACAGCUGGCGCCAGAGGUGCGAACGGCGCCAAGGACAAGUCGAAGAAGAAGAAAAAGGUCGUGCGACCUGAAGAUGAAGGUCGCGACGAAGAGGAAGAGCCUACCCCACUCGGUGGCGUUCUCCGUGCAAAGGACCUGAAAGCCCUCGUCGACGCAUCCCCCAACAUUCAAGCCUUCAGGAACCUCGGUUCUGGCGUCCUCUCACCACCUCACACCGCAUCACCAACCCGCCCGAACUUCCCCCGCAACCCUGACGAUGUCGCCCUUACCGCCGCCGAAACCGAGCGUCUCAACGCUCUGCACAACGAGAAGUCACAGCUCAACGACAGGUUGGAGGUGCUCAGGGACCGUGAGAAGUUCGUCAGCAUGGCCAAGGAACAAGCCACGCGCGUGGCAGAUCGCGAGAAGAUGAAGCUGAAGGAGUUCUGCGGAUACGAUUCGCGACUCAGCUGGUCAGACGCCGAGUUCCUGCUAUGGCGGAACAGCAAGCACGGUCGUGCAGCGUUCAGUUUCUCUACACUCUCGCCCAGCGCCGAACAAGUCUCUUCGAUGGAAUCGAGCUCACCCAACGCUGUGCUCGACGAUGUGGACGUCCAGGAGAGUGUGUGCUUGAAGAAGAGGUGUGCGAAGCACCCACAAUGGCAAAAGCUGAAUCUGCAAGACGCAAGAUUCGAGGAGCUCGAAGUCGUCGAGGCGAUCAGGGAGUGCGAGAAGGAAGAGCGCAGCGUCCGCGAACGCGCAAGGCGGCGAAACGCAAAGGACACAAUGGCCAAGGAGCUCACAGCCGGCGACGGCCGUGAAGAAGUGCGGAAUCGUGAAGGUUGGGUCGAGGUCGUCGCGACAUAACACCAAACA